AUGUAAAUAUUUUUAAAUUAAGUUUUUGUGAGAACAGUCUCAUUUUUACCUGCAUCAUAAUGUUAAAGCGUCAAUUUUAAGCUCAGUAAAUUUUCAGAGGGCGAAACUACUGUAAUAAAACUGUUGGGUCUUCGGCGAGUUUCACGCAAAACCGCGACUGUUGAACGUUGGCGCCGCCGCGUCAGAGCACAUCCACCCAGCUGUAUCCGGGUGACCUCCUGCUGCACCUGUUGCUGUUUUACAGGGAAAGGCGGCGGCACCGGUUGCUUCCCGUCAGCUUCCACGUAGACUGGCUUCAAGUGGCGAUGGAGACCCUGCCAGUCGGUUGGCAUGUGCACACCUGGGGCCAGGAGGUCGAUGGGACCAAGCUGCUGAAGGAGGGAUCUGCUGACACAAACGCACAUGUUCACGAUCUGUUUCAUGAAGAUGCACAGCGUUUCCACCAGCCAUGGUGGAGGAUCAAGCUGUUCGUGUGGGAGCCUGUGCUUUUUGGGACCUGGGAUGGCGUUUUCACCACCUGCAUGAUCAAUAUCUUUGGGGUAGUUCUGUUUCUGCGCACCGGAUACCUGGUGGGUAACACUGGCGUACUGUUGGGGUUGCUCCUCGUCUCCGUGGUGGUUUUGGUUGCUUUAGUGACAGUAAUGUCAGGGAUCGGAGUGGGCGAGCACUGUGGGAUUGGGAGCGGAGGAGUCUACUCCAUGAUCUCCAACGUGUUGGGAGGCAGAAUCGGGGGUACUGUUGGCCUCCUCUACAUCUUUGGACAGUGUGUUGCCGGCGCCAUGUACCUCACGGGCUUCUCCGAGUCCGUGGCAGAGCUUUUGGGUCUGCAGAGCCAGUGGGCGGUGCGCCUCAUGUCAGCAGCUGUCCUCCUAGCGUUGCUUGGGAUCAAUCUGGCAGGUGUGAAGUGGAUCGUCAGACUGCAGCUGCUCCUGCUGGCUUUGUUAGCAAUCUCCACUCUGGACUUUGUUAUUGGCACCUAUACACACCUCGAUCCAGAGCAUGGCUUUGUGGGUUACUCAGCCAAGCUUCUCAGUAGUAACAUCAUACCAGAUUAUAGCCCAGGAGAAAACUUCUUCACAGUAUUUGGGGUCUUCUUCCCUGCUGCUACAGGGGUCAUGGCAGGAUUCAACAUGAGCUCAGACCUGCAGCGGCCAGAGCACAACAUCCCCAUGGGAACCCUAGCAGCUGUUUUUACUUCGUGGUUCCUGUAUCUGGUCUUUGUCUUCCUCCUGGGGGCCAUUUGCACCAGAGAAGCUCUCCGCUAUGACUUCUUGAUAGCAGAGAAGGUCUCCUUGGUGGGUUUCCUCUUUCUGCUGGGACUUUACAUCUCCUCCCUAGCUUCCUGCAUGGGUGGUUUGUAUGGAGCACCCAGGAUCCUCCAGUGCAUCGCUGAAGAGAGGGUCAUCCCCUCGCUGACCUUCCUAGCAAGAGGGAAAGGCCCAAACCGGACCCCGGUGGCAGCCAUUUGUCUAACCAGCAUGCUGACCCUGGCAUUCAUUUUCAUUGGUCGGGUCAAUGUGCUAGCACCAAUUGUCACCAUCAACUUCAUGCUCACGUACAGCUUCAUUGACUACUCCUACUUUUGUGUGGCCAUGACCUUCCAGCUUCAAACGAAACAGAAGAGACAGACCUUCAUUUCAGGAAGGGGAAGCACGCGCAGGUCAACCAAGCAAAGCUCUAGGCCUCUGAUUGAAUCCCCUCCCCCCAACUAUGGGAGCGGAGGUGAAAGUCCGCAGGGAAAAGGGACUCUGUUGGAGUUCAAUAGGGAUAUGGACCAGAUCUUCCCACCUGUCUCCAAACUUAAUCCUGAACCAGAGAAGAUGACUUUGAGGCAGGAUCUGUGCAGCGGAUCUCAGAGUAGGAAGGCUGCCACCAAGCAGAGACUGAUGCACAGCUUUGGUCUGGAUCUGAACAGCAACACCUUGUCAAAUGAAAACGGAGGGGAGCAGAGCUCAGCUCCACUCGAAGAGGGAAACAAAGGGCAAAAUGAAGAUGAGGAGUUCAGGGCUGGAGAUCAACCUGAAGUCAACUAUCACACAAGGAUGGGUGACGCACAGCAAGAUUCACCUGCAGAGACUCAUCUUUACAAUGCAGGUAAUGAAGAUAAACCAGAGCAGCAACACUUUGAAAUUCAACCCAUGCGUGAUGCCUUCUACGCAAAGUUAUGUAACCACUGGAUUGCCCUCAUUGGGGCAAUGAGUUCCAUAUUGAUUAUGUUUAUCAUUCAGUGGGUUUAUGCUUUAGCCAACAUCCUGGUUGCAUUGCUGCUCUUCUUCUACAUUGGAAAAACAAGUCCUGGUUUACCUACAGGUAUUGCAGCUCAGUUCAGCUUUUUCAAAUGGCUGAAGGCAAUUCUUGGGAACCUAUACAGGACGAGAGGAUCUCCCCGGGAUGAGAUGGUGGUGACUCCGUCUCUCUCCGGAAUCGGGCUCAAAACCAAGCAACUGACUGAGGAAAAUACUGACUUUUCCUCUCGCCACCGCUUUCACCAAUCUUGGUUCAUCCAAGCUGACACAAUGGUGCAACCACCGAAUCAGUGACACACUUGAACUCUGACUUGGUUCUAUGUUUUGACUGAAAACCUCAAACCACAAAGUGUGCCUCGUGCUGCUGCAUUUUGCAUAUUUCCUAUGUAGUGAAGACUUUAAGUGCCUCAAUUCAUUUUUGAUUGGUGUUGAAAGAACAGCUGAGCUUUCCUUAGGAUUGCACAAAAGGUGAAGGAGUAAAAGAUACUUAGGUGCUCAAGGUCACAUUUAUUCAUUUGUUUUCACAUUAAGUUUACAUAGAAAUUUAUUUUGCUCAAAAUUGUGUUUGAUAUUCACAACAUAAUGCUUUUGUGACAUUACAAUAAAUGUGUUACAAAGGUUUGAUUGAACGUUUACACUCCUAUUCAGAACAUUCAUAGCAAGAUGCAUUUUAUUUUGAAAAGCAAUAUGUUUUUUCACUAAAUCGUAUUAUAUUCAACUUGCUUCUUCACAAAAAUCAAGUUUGAAACAAAAUAUCUUAUAUUAUUUUGUAAAGUUUAGGGGAAAAAAAAUACAAAUAUUACCACAAGCUUCUGCUUGCACAUUAUGAACACACACACACACACCCCAACAUGUAUGCUUUAUGAUGAUAUUCCACUUAUUUGCUCAUGUUGCAUGAUGCAUUUGAGAUAGAUCUUGAGCUGCAGUGCUGGCAGAGGUAUAUUACAUCACCUCUUUCUGUCAUAUUCAGUCUCAAAAGCAGCCACAUGAUGAUCUGUGAGCACAAUAAUACCUUAUUGCAUGUCAUCUUGAGAGUAAAUAUUUGGUUCCUGUUG